AAACCUCUUGUGCCCUGCCAACAAAUGCGCUGUGUACUAGUAAUACCGACUUAUCUUCGGGCCAACCAUGCAAGGCAGCUACUCGCUCGAAAUGAAUGAAAAAAUACUCUGGCUCGGCUUCAUUAAAUUUAGGAACAAAUUUAAUUGCAUCCUCUAUACGAAAAUUAUAUACAUUAUAUACAUUAUAUACAUUAUAUACAUUAUUGCAAAUUCUAGCACCAGAGAAAAGCUUAUCCGAAUUCCCUUAAAUCAGUGUAGGCGUAGUGUGUCCCUGAAAGUCCCUGGCGGCUGCGACCUCAAGUCCGUGUACCCGGCCCGCUGUGAGGGGUUCCCUAUGACUUGUUCAUCAUGAAUGUUGCACAAACGAAUUAGAAAUCUCAUGGCCGGUUUGUCAGAAUUGCGCGAGGUCCGACCCAGUGAGUAUUCAUCAAACAGACAUGCUUAUCUACAGAAAUUAAUGCAUUUUAUCAGCCUAGACAUGCAUAUAUAACGCUUAACGCUUAGACAGAUGGGUAAAUGCGUAUCUAUCAAAUAGAUAUGCAUUUAUUUUAGUACAUCCAUUGGGUCGCACAAUUUGAACUCACUGGCCGACGACCUCGUAGCACACACGACUGACCAGUUCGCUCGUCCUCGCACCCGGGUCCUCACUGGCGGAUGCCCAAAGCCACUUGGUACAGAGGUUAUCAAAUUCAUGUAUAACUUCUCGUGACAUGUCUCUGAAAGGCUGGGGAAAAGGGAAAUAAAACGACUGACAACCGUCACGGCAAGUGGAGGAUUAUUUUUUCACGUCGCUUUCCACAAAACUUUGACGAUGAAAGGCUAGAAUGACACACGAAGGGCAGGGAAAUCAUCGACAGCUCUAGACAGCCAGGUACACACAUAUACAGCCACAACUAUGUCUGUAUACCUCGUAUGCCAAGAUACACCUUGGAAAUCUAAUGAAAAAAGAAGAAAAAAAAUUACACACGCACACGCACACGCACACACGCACACACGCACACGCACACGCACACGCACACGCACACGCACACGCACACGCACACGCACACGCACACGCACACGCACACGCACACGCACACGCACACACACACACACACACACACACACACACACACACACACACACACACACACACACACACACACACACACACACACACACACACACACACACAUAUAUAUCCAUACAUACCGCAAAGUGGGUGAAUACAUGACCCAGAUUUCGAAAUAAAAGUCAUUUAUAUUCCGAGAUCGUAAAUAAAAAAAAAAAAAACAAGCGCAGUUAUCGAAGCACUUGUUUUCCCACAAUGCUUCGCGCGUCGUCUGCUAGCGUCGUCUGCUUCUCCCGAAGGUCUUUCACGUGGACGGCGCGUUCAGGUUCCCCGUAAAAAUGGUGGUUUGUGGAUCUGUGGGGCGUGCCGGCGCUUUAAUCGCUGCCGCAAUGAAAAGGAAGAGGAAGAUAAGAAGCUUAGGUUUACCCAUAAACAAGGAUAAGUUCGCAAAGGAGUGAAUUACUGACAAAAAGGAAGGUAAACAGAUCUCGGCAUUCGGCAAGAGUGUAUCUGCAUCACUUAGGAAAUUGGAUCAGACCAACAGGUCAUAUUCUUAAGCCCCACCCACUGAGCUCUCCGAUUGGCUGCAUCCCUAAGCUCCGCCUUCGACUCCACCCCUAACCUCUCCCACAAUUCUUGUGUGCCUGGCCGAAGGGGUACCGGGCGGGGAAACGGGUCAGUCAGACUUGGACUGUCGACAACAUAGCAUUAACUUGCUGACGUAGUCUUUCCACAGGAGGCGAAGCAGGAGCAGGAGAUGGCGGGGCUCGUGUCAGCAGGCAGCGCCCUCCUCCUGCUGAUGGCGUUGUCGCCCCCCCCCGCCACGGAGGCCUACGACCUCAACCGCUGUUACUGCGUCUCGGAAUUCGACGAUACUCUGCGGGCCCAAAUCGCCGCCUUCGCCCCGCCCCCGAGCCCGCCCGCGAACCAGUACGUGGGCGUGGAGCCGAAGGCCGACGACGCGUUCCAGUCCUGUUUCUGCAAGGAUGUGACCCGCGUCCAGCUGGUAGUGUCCGUGACCUCGAGCGAUUGGGUGACCCUGGCAGAGACCGCGGAAAACCAGGUCACACUCGCCAGCAACAUCUCGGCCACGUUGGAGUCGUACCUUCCGACGCUGCGAAGUGUCCCAGAACUUCAGUACACACUCGAUAGGUUCAGCAGUGUGACCUACAAAGACACCACGAAUACGGAGGUCAACUUCGACGUAGAAGUGUUACUGAGAGGUCACCGUGACCAGUCUGUGGCGGAUAAGCUGAUGGCGGCCGUGCGCGACGAACUGAACAAGGACGACCUGACGUUCAAAACGGACGCCAUGGUUCCUAUGCUCGUGAGCUGCGGCAGCCCCCCCGACGCCUUGAGCAACGGCCAGCGAUCGGCGACGGUUGGCAACAUCGCCUCGGGGACAGCGGUUUACACCUGCAAGACCGGCUACAGACUGAGCACCACCAAGGACGAGGAGGCGAUCAGCUGCGGCCACGACAAGGCCUGGACGGCGCUUCCGGCCGGCCUCGCCUGCGAGAAGCAGCUCGUGACAAUUGAAUCCACUCCUGAUACCAAGAACACGUGCACGAGUCCUCUUACAACUCUUAAUCUCUCUUACCACCUCGCCCAAUUAUACGGAGUGGCGGAAGUGAGCAAGAGGGAAACAGGAGGAGGAGAGGGAGUCGAGGUCGCGAAGAACGAGCCGUUCCGAGGACAGUCCUUGCUGGGGGGGAGGUUCACCGAGGGACAGUACACGUACAAGAUUUACCAUCUCAAGAAGAAGGUUCCUACAUUCAUCCGGCUCGUGGCUCCUGAGGGCGCGCUGGAGGUCCACGAGGAAUCCUGGAACGCGUAUCCUUACAGCAAGACGGUUUAUUCGAACCCAUACAUGAAAAAAGAUUUCUUCAUUUCCAUCGAGAGCCUACACCUGGGAGACCGCGGGACUUCGGAAAACGUACACCAGCUGCCACCCGCAAAAUGGCGGACGGUCGAAGUCGUCAACGUGGACAUCGUUAACGACCCGAUACGACCCGAGGACUACAAGGAGGAGGAGGACCCGACGCGCUUCAGGUCCGCGAAGACGGGGCGCGGGCCUCUCAGCGGAACAGCCUGGUGGACGGCGGUCGAGCCGGUCAUGACCUGUUACAAGUUGGUGACCUGCGAGUUUAAGUGGUUUGGGCUGCAGACGCGAAUCGAGAAGUACAUUCAGGAUUUCGAACGGCGGCUGUUCACUGUCUGCCACAGACAGAUCUUCUGCUGGAUCGACCAGUGGCACGGCCUCAGCCUGGACGACAUCAGACAGCUCGAGGACAGAACACAAAAGGAGCUGGAACAGCAAAUAACCAAAGGGCCCGUGAGAGGCACGAUGGGGUAGGAGGAGGUGCCCGCGAAUGCAGUUUAGGGACAAGGUAAUAAUGGAGUGUCAUUUGCAUACACUUCCACCAUUUCAAGCUGAGGUGGCACUCGAUGGCACUGGCGAACGAGAGGGCCGUGGACGACCGUAAAUAUGUGCAAAUUGACGACGAGGGAAAGACCCACGACUUGGUACGACCUAGCAACGACCUCCUUGGAGAGAGAGAGAAAAAAGGAAAAAAAAAAACAGAAAAGAAAAGAGAUUUAGUGAAAUGGAAAAAAAAAAAUGUGAACGUUGGAAAAAGAACAACAACUUUGGUUUGGAAAAAAAUGUUCGUUUUUUGGUGAUAGUUAUAUAUGUAUAGAUGUUAUUGUUA